UGUAAUGAGUUGGAUUUGUAGUUCACUAUGUGGAGGUUUAUAUUAUUUAGCGGAUUCUUUUGUCUAUUUUAUCAAAUUGUAUCUACCAAUUUAAGCGAAGGUAAUUCUUCUUCUUUGAAUUACAGAGGGGAAUUCGAAAAAUUUAAAAACAAGAAUAAUCGCACAUAUCUUCGAAGCUUUGAUGAAGUCCGUAGUUUCAAGGCAUUUGAAGAAAACUACAAAGUUAUUGAGGAACAUAAUCAACAUUUCAAAGAGGGUCAAACAAGCUUUAGAUUGAAACCCAAUAUUAUGGCUGACAUGAGUACAGAUGGUUAUUUAAAAGGAUAUCUGCGACUACUUAAAAGCAAUAUAGAAGACAGUAAGGACAAUAUUGCCGAAUUAGUUGGAUCCCCUUUAAUGACAAAUGUUCCCGAAAGUUUGGAUUGGCGAAGUAAGGGAUUUAUAACUCCGUCACAUAAUCAGCAAUCUUGCGGCUCGUGCUAUGCUUUCUCCAUUGCUGAGAGCAUCGAAGGCCAGGUUUUCAAACGUACCGGAAAAUUAAUAAAUUUGAGUGAGCAACAAAUUGUGGACUGCAGUGUCUCGUACGGAAAUCAAGGAUGUGUUGGUGGAUCCUUACGAAACACCUUAAACUAUUUGCAGCACACUGGAGGCAUAAUGAGGGCUGAGGAUUAUAGUUAUGUCGGAAAGAAGGGAAGAUGUCAGUUUGUGCCGGAGCUAUCGGUAGUCAAUGUAACAUCUUGGGCCAUACUUCCUGUUCGAGAUGAACAAGCGAUUCAAGCAGCAGUAACUCAUAUUGGACCAGUAGCAAUAUCAAUUAACGCAACUCCAAAGACCUUUCAGCUGUACAGUGACGGUAUCUAUGAUGAUCCCUCAUGCUCAGCAGCUUCUGUAAAUCACGCAAUGUUAAUAAUUGGCUUUGGCAAGGAUUAUUGGAUACUACAAAAUUGGUGGGGUCCGCAUUGGGGCGAAUCUGGUUUAAUGAGAAUCCGAAAAGGCGUGAAUAUGUGCGGAAUUGCCAAUUAUGCUGCUUAUGCAAUAGUGUAAUCUUCUAUUCUCUAUUGUUUUUUACACAUAAAGAAACUUAAAAUAAAGUUUAUAAAUGAUUCAGAAAAAUUA